CUUAGUGUAGAGGUUAAUUUGAAGAACGCGAAACCAACACGAUUCAUCAUUGUCCCUGCAUCCACAUCACGUCCCUUUCACACUUCAACUCAGCCUCCAGCCUCCCCGCUAAUGGAAUACUGCGCUCCGAACGACUAAAGCCCGUUCUCAGCGUCAUCAGCCCUAAUUAGUAUCCCCAUCAAUUCGGUUAUCUGGCUCUUUUUCGCAUAUAUUGUCGUUUAACACCCAUGCCUACCCCUAUCGUCGUGGUUUGACAAACUGUCCUCAAGCAUCGCAACCAUGGAGCCGCCUUCGAACUCCAAUUCUAGCAUCAAAUCGGCGAUCCCCUCACUCCCCGCCCCAGUUACCACACAACUCCAGGCCCCGCCAUCGCCGCGGACUCAUCGCGCCCUUCGACGCCUUCAAUCUGCGCACACUCUUGGAGCCCGCGCUCGCGAGCAAGGCACGCCCUCACUCAUCUCUCAGCAGCGCCACCGCGACACCCAGCGCAAUGCUUCACCUACAAGACCGUCACAAGCACCUCCUGCUGCUUCAGGCACACCCAGCUUCUCCCAGAAUAUCAAUCGCUCACCUCAGCGCGGGCGCGCUAAUAGCGAUGCCACCCCGCCACUUAUUCACCAGAUGAAUGUUGUCACAGCCAGCAAGCGUGCUGGGAGUAAGAAACCCGUAUUCUCGCAUGGCCAUCUGCCUCUUCAUCAGAUUAUCCGCGAAGGCCCAACGGAUGGUGAUUUCUUGGGCGCUUUGGAGAGCGCACGGUGGAAGGUUAUUGAUGAAGGUGUCAAGAGUGCUGAGGAUGGCAUGUCAACAUUGAGAAUAUACGUCUGGCUCGUCCUCCUGGACGCUCCUAUCCUGUCGACCGAUGACUACCUCGCCCUCAUCCACCGAGGAGCCUCUCCGGCUUACUCCAAGAUCCGCAACGACACUUUCCGCACACUUACGACCGACCCUCUCUUCCGCCGCCGUGUCAGCGAGGCUAGUCUGAUUCGCUUACUUAACGCCAUUGCAUGGAAGUUACACGAUGCGCGUGAGGAACAACGCCAAAGCCGCCCUAGUAGCAGCCGAGCUUCACUCCCUGGCGGUAGUAGCGUCUCCGGUCGUUCUCAGUCAGGCACGAGCACGUCAUCACCAACUGCUCGCAGUCGCGCGCGGGCCUUAACACUUACGACUGAGGGUUCUGAAUCCGGCGCAGGCGCUGCGACUCUAGAACCCGGCACCUACGUUCAGGGCAUGAACGUUCUGGCAGCACCAUUUCUUUACGCAGCUCGCAGCGAGGCGGAAGCAUUCGUUGCGUUCCACUCCCUGCUGACUCGAGAAUGCCCGGGGUAUAUUCGCGGUGCCAUGGACGGCGUUCAUCGUGGCCUUGCUCUGGUUGAUAAGGUCCUUGCCAUUGUUGAUCCCAAGCUAAGCAUGUACCUUACUGCGAAGGGUCUUUCGGCUGAGAUCUAUGCUUUCCCUUCCGUUUUGACGCUGUGUGCAUGUACACCACCGCUUCCCGAGGUUUUACGGCUUUGGGACUUCUUGUUCGCCUAUGGUCCUCAUCUCAAUAUCGUCUGCAUUGUCGCGCAGCUUACAAUUAUGCGGACUCAAAUUCUUCAGUCACCCAGCCCAAAUAAGGUCCUAAGAUCUUUCCCCCAGCUUAACGCUGAUCUCGUCAAAUCCGUCACCAUUGGCAUUAUCAAGAAGAUACCCGACGAUGUUUAUGCUGAGAUCGUUUCUCACGCUCUUUAAAUAUGGGGCAUCCUUUGUAUUUCUGGAUUGACUUACAAGCGCUGUGGCCACUCCGGGUGAUACAGGGGCACAACAUGACUGAGCAGGGGUCUGGUCGCGAAACUCCUAAACUGACGUGCAUACUGCCACGCAGAUGGAAAGUUUAUUUCGAACCACUCGUCCGUUACCCAGCCGCCUAUAAAGAUGUUUCAGGGUCUCGCAACAAACACACUAAUCCUGGCCGAUAUUGCCAAACUCAAUUGUAAACAACCGGCAAGCGGGAAAGGGCAUUGUACCCAAAAGUGGGUUUUGGUUUAUGUUUUUUAUGAUUAUUGAAACGCGUUAUGAUGGGACGAUGGAUGGUACUUUAAUGAUGCUCGGUAUGAGCUUGAGCGGGUUUCAACGGGUACUAGAGGGUUCCGACAGAGACGGAUGCUCUAGGAUGAAUGAAUGAAUAUACGAUUGAUUAUCUAUUGUCUAUUUACAUGUGACUCGUAUCAUAUUGCGAACUUACUGCAUCGUCCACGCAUGCCUGUUGGGUCAUAUUCGACCCUUUACCAAUCAAACUCAGCGCCGGCUUACAUGCAUAUGCUUUUCAUCAGACGACAUUCAAGCUUCUAGCUUCAUCAAGAAGAUCCGAGUGUAUAGCUUUUGUCUAUCAUCACUCAAGUAUGCCUGCCAUGGUUGGGAAGUUUUCGUAUCAUGGACGAACGACACGUCUUAACAGGAUUGCUAACUUGUUUCAACCCAAGUCUCCGGCGCAAUACCCCUCGUAUAGGCAGUGCCAUUGGACUCACGUUGCACCCAAGGCACGCAUAGGUACUUGAUUAGAGUCUUGCCAUAGGGGUCACGCUGAGAUCAACUCUAGUAGAGCAUGCAACUAACCAUAGCAAGAUCCAAACGGCGCGGGCCAAGCCGAGCAAGACUUAGCAGAAUCAGCCAAACAUUUGACACGCUUCGAGGGGGCUGAGAAACUUGUUGGCCCGUUCUGGGUUGGUCACUGAAGGCCCAUCCAGCACCCCCUAAUGAUUUAGUAUGAAGGGCAGCCAGCUUCUGCUCGGUGGAAGGCGUUGGCAAAGAAGGUUUGCAUGGCCGAGUAAUGGAAGAGGAUGCCUCCGAGAACUGCGGCAUGCCAGAGGUUAUGGCUUCCACCAACAUAGUCAAAGCAGCCAGGAAACCACCUUUCGGGGAUCUUACUGGCGUAAACAACGGCGCCCGUAAAGUACACGAGCAUCGACUUGGAGAUUGGCGAGUAGAAGUUGUACACGAAGUCGAGUCCGUGAGUCCACCCAAGCUGAACCAUAGGCAUAAACCCGGUCAAGGCAAGGCCAACAAAAAAAGCGACUCGCGCCCAUGCCAUGUCAGCACCAUUAAAGCGAGGAUGCCACGGGAGAAUGACGCCUCCAAUUCCGAGGAAAGCUGUUAAGCCCAUAUAGACGUAUCGACUGACAGGGUCGCAGUAGAAGGCUGUGUAUUCAGUCGUCAUGAUUGAGGCAGCAAUCAACAGAGAAAUGCCGGUAUAGUCCACGCAGGCAAAUAUUGAAAUGGCAUCGACAUCUGCAACAGCAUUCAUAGUGUGCCAAACCGUUGAGCAAACCAAAGUGAGGCAAGCCAUAACAAAAAAAACGCCCGCGACGAACACAUCGGACUUAGUACUGAGUGUAAAGUUGGCAGUAUUUGGGUAGAAAUAGAGCGCGAUCGCGAGGACCAAAAUAAGACCCAGUGCAUGGGACCAGAUGUUGACUAGCUCAUUGGAAAGAUUAAAGGCUGAGCGUACGCAUUCGAGUUUGGAUUCAGUGAAACGGUAACCCUUGUGGAUGUGAGGGUUGUUUCGCCAAGGUGAGGGGAGGUCAUCGUAGGAGAGGAGGCGCCCUUCCUUGGCCAGAACGAUAGCUUGUUGAAUGUGCUCCUCCAGUGAAAGAGCGGCUUGAAUGGCACGCUCGAUUCCUUCGUUGGCAACUCGGCGUCCCUCAUCCAUGAAAGCCUCGGCAGCGUUGGCGGCGUUUGCGAAGCCCUGCUCACGCAAUUUGUAGGCUCUAGUUUCGAAAUCAGAGAGCAUGCUUUCAAGUAAAUCGACUCCAACGUGAGCCUUCUCAUUCAGCGACUCGGCGGCCUCUAAGGUCUCCUUAUAUCUUGCCUCUAGAGUAUCGACCAUGAUAUGUAAACGGCGUCGUCCUGCACCAAGGACUUCCUCAGAAGCGUGGGAACAUCUCGAACGAACAGCCUGGAGUGUAGAGAAGGUACGGGAGAUGCUGGAGUCCUUACUCAAAUCAACAUAGUUCUCAAUAAAAUCAAGCCGACGCUCGAGUUCCGAGAGGAAAAGGUCGACUUUGAGAAGAAGACCCUCUUCGCCAUCCAUGAUAUGGCCAACAAUGGAUCGUCUCCUGGGAAUGAAGAAGGAGUGUCGUCGUCUUCGGGGUUCGACGUCAGGUCGAAUGUCGGAUCCGGAUGUACUUGCUAUAUUAUCCCCGUCCCGAGCCUUAUAGGCACAGGCUGUUGUGAUGGCGGUGGUAACGUCUGACAUGAUGGCAGCUGCGACUUGAGACGAAUAUUGUGGUGAUUAUGCCGCGACAAUUGGGCUAAGCUGAACCGGCAUGCGCUGUGACGCUGCAACGAUGGUGGCGACGAGUUAAACUCUCUGCAUCUGGUGAUGCUGGUAAACGGUGGAUGGUGUCGUUCGAACUUCUGUGCGACUUGGCUAACGUGAGGCUUUGUCGAGACCACGAGCAAAAAAUGAAGAGCACAAUUGGUUAUUAUUGAAUGAUUAGGAGUCUCGGAACAAGUUGGGCGCAGCAAAGAGAAGCACCCUUGCGGACCCUGCGGGUAUUUUACACGCGGGGACAACGAUUGCCGAGUCUGGUUGGCGGAAAUAGUCCUGUCCUGUUCCUAUUCUUGCUGAGUUGGAUAAGGAUCUGCGUGUAAGGAAGCAGCCAAGGCCUGGAAAUGGGGAAAUGAUGUGAUGUUGGGGAAUAUGAAGACUUAAAAGGAGAGUAUAGUUCGUGGGGAUAUGAAAAUACAAGCAAAGAAGGGUCAGAGGGCGAAGGAAUGAACAGAGCGAGACCGCAUGAUGAAUGAGAGGUUGAGAAAUUGGGCAGUCAAAUCAAAGAAAAAAGGACUGGAACAAUCCCAGUAGCUGAAAUGACGGUACCAGGGGCGGUCUUGGCGUCCUUGUUGGGUUACUAACGAACGCCACUUGAAAAACGAUUAGGUCGUUCAAACAAGGCAAAGACAUGGCAUACCGGUAGAAUCGGGAGACAAGUUCGGUCCCUUUCCAUGACCAGCAA